GUCCCUGCUUUAGGCAAGGUGGUGGCGGCCACGUAUGUCCCACCCAAAAUCAAUGAAAGCAUCCGUUGUUCGGCUGAGGUCUGCGGUGGCUGGACUCAUGAAGCAGGGCAGCACUUUGGUCUAAGUUUAAAACAUUUGUUUGGAGACACAUUGGAAGCAGGAGCGUAGAACCGGGAGCGAUGGACGGGAGAGAGUAAAUAAGUUACAAGAGUUUUGAACUGUGAGACAAAGCGGAUUGAGUAGUUUGAAGAAAAGAAAUAUGGAUCAUCAGAGUAAAAGGUUGUCCAUGUGCUGCAGUAUCAUUUCCAGUUUCUCCUGAAGUGAAAUUUUGCACACCACUGUGAUAAAAGGGAUGAAUGAGGGCCGCUCUGCUCUGCUCAGAAGGUGCCACCUCACCAGAGCUGCUCCUUCUGAGGACGCUGGAGAUGGUGGGACUACUCAGGCGGAAAAUGAUGCAGCCUUCCCACUGUCUGCACUCUCAAACCUGUUUGAGAGUGAGGAUGGCUCCCAGUCAGCACAGGACACAAGUCUGGAUACGACUCUGGAGCAGGCUCAGCCCGGCGUCCAGCCCAGCCAGCCCUCAGACGGCAGACAGAACCUCAGAAUGAAGUUUCAUGGUGCAUUCAAGAAGGGCAUUUCAAACCCAAUGGACCUGCUGGAAACCACCAUAUAUGAGUCAAAUGUGGUGCCAGGACCUAAAAAAGCCCCCAUGGACUCCCUCUUUGACUAUGGCACCUAUGGAAAUGCAAGCAAUCAGAAGAAACGCAAGAAGAAACUCCCAAGAGGUAAAACGGAGAUAUCUUGUGAUGAGAGUCAAAGCACUGACCAACCAAAAGUUCUGAAAAUAUUCACUCGCUUCACACUGUUCGAUUGUGUGUCUCAUGGAGACCCAGAGGGCCUCCAGGGUCUGCUGGAAUACCUGCAAAGUCAGGAGAAGAGGCUCACAGAUGAGGAGUUCAGAGAGCUAUCCACAGGAAAGACAUGUCUUCCCAAAGCCCUGCUCAACCUUUACGGUGGUCGGAACGAAACCAUUCCAGUGCUGGUGGAUAUUGCAGAGAAGACGGGAAACCUCAGAGAGUUUAUAAACACUCCCUUCAGGGACGUCUACUACAGAGGCCAGACGGCGCUCCACAUCGCCAUCGAGCGACGCUGCAAGCAGUAUGUGGAGCUGCUGAUGGAGAAGGGAGCAGAUGUCCAUGCUCAAGCCAGGGGACGCUUCUUCCAGCCCAAAGAUGAGGGCGGCUACUUCUACUUUGGUGAGCUUCCCCUCUCUCUGGCUGCCUGCACCAACCAGCCUGACAUAGUGCACUACUUGACAGAAAAUCCGCACAAGAAGGCCGACAUGCGGCGCCAGGAUUCACGUGGAAACACCGUGCUGCACGCGCUCGUGCACAUCGCAGACAACACCAAGGACAACACUCGUUUCCUCACAAAGAUGUAUGACCUGCUGCUGAUUAAGUGUGCCAAGCUCUUCCCAGACUGCAACCUGGAGACAGUACUCAACAACGACGGCAUGUCACCCCUCAUGAUGGCUGCCAAACUUGGCAAAAUUGGGGUUUUCCAACACAUCAUUCGACGUGAGGUCAAAGAUGAAGAAGUUCGUCAUCUGUCACGUAAAUUUAAGGACUGGGCUUACGGUCCGGUGUACUCCUCCCUCUACGACCUGUCCUCAUUGGAUACAUGUGGAGAGGAACCAUCUGUGCUUGAGAUCCUAGUAUACAACAGCAGUGAGAACCGCCAUGAGAUGCUGGCUGUGGAGCCCAUUAACGAGCUGCUGAGGGCCAAGUGGCAGAAGUUUGCUGCUGCCUCUUUUUACAUCAGCGUGGUGUCCUACCUCAUCUCCAUGAUCAUCUUCACCUUGGUGGCGUAUUCCCACCCAACACUGGAGGAGCCGCCUCCUUACCCCUACAAGACCUCAUCUGACUAUUUACGGCUGGCUGGAGAGAUUGUAACACUGGCAUCGGCCAUCUUCUUUUUCCUCACAAAUGUUAAGAAUGUCCUUCUGAAAAAAUGUCCUGAGGUGAAAUCUUUAGUUUUUGAUGGAUCCUUUCAGCUGCUGUACUUCAUCUAUGCUGUCCUGAUUAUCGUCACUGCUGCUCUCUACCUGUCUGGCGUUAAAGCUUACGUCACUGUGAUGGUGUUUGCACUCGUCCUGGGGUGGAUGAACACACUAUACUUUACCAGAGGCCUGAAGCUCACUGGCACCUACAGCAUCAUGAUUCAGAAGAUUCUUUUCAAAGAUCUGUUCAGAUUCCUGCUUGUCUACGUGCUCUUCAUGAUCGGUUAUGCUUCAGCCUUGGUGUCUCUGUUGCCAGUUUGUCCCACGGAGUCAGCUAAGAACUCUACCACCUACUGCAGGAACCCAGACACUUUCAGCACUUUCCUUCUGGACCUGUUUGAACUGACUAUCGGGAUGGGAGAUUUGGACAUGAUCCACAGUGCACUAUAUCCUGGAGUUUUUCUCAUCCUCUUAGUCUCCUAUAUUAUCCUCACCUUUGUGCUGCUACUCAACAUGUUGAUUGCCUUGAUGGGGGAGACGGUGGGACAGGUAUCCAAAGAGAGCAAGAAGAUCUGGAAACUUCAGUGGGCAACGACUGUCUUGGACAUUGAGCGCGCAUUCCCAGUGUGUAUUCGCAAGUCUUUCCGAGCCGGGGAGAUGGUGACUGUGGGGAAGAACCUAGAUGGUUCACCAGAUCGACGGUGGUGUUUCAGGGUGGAUGAAGUAAAUUGGUGCCACUGGAAUCAGAACCUUGCGAUAAUCAGUGAGGAUCCAGGCAAGACUGAUACGAGCCAAACCAACGGGGUGCAGCCAGGUGUCAGAGGCCUGAGGAGAGAUCGCUGGUCCACUGUGGUCCCUCGGGUGGUGGAGUUAAGCAGAGGCCCUCGCUCUCAUGAUCUGGUGGUAGAGAUGGAGCCACUGACGCCAAGAUAGUGAAGCCUGCAGAGACUCUAUUCAUUCUUGUGUCAAAGCCACCAACUCUGGUAUUAAAUUUCAGGGGAUAUUUUUGGUCAAUAAGCCUCCCAAUUCGCACAUGCCUCAUGCCAGAAAUUCAUAGGGAGAGCGUAGAGUAAUAUAAUGUUUUAUUUGUAAAGUAACAGAGGUUUAAUCCUGCAGACUGACACUGAGCACACAGUUAUAGGUGAAAACAAACCUGGAGAUAUUUUAACAGUAAAUGUUUGCUCUUAGUAGGAGAUAAGCUGCAGUUUGUAAUUAGUUUUUUUUUUUUUUUUACUUGUACAGAGGCGUAGGAACCCUAAAUCCUUAAUGUUCUGUUCAGCUCUGCAUGUCAGACAGUAGUGGGCGAUCACUCAGGGAAAUCAGAUCAUUUCAGCAUUUGGAGUGUUCCUAUAUUCUGAAAGUAAACAGCUUUAUAGCUUUUUCUAAUAAGCAUAAACAGAUUAUCACUGCAUUAGCACAUUUUUAUAUUAUUUUUGCAGCUACUAUCACAUUACAAAAUCUUUUUUUAAUUUUUUUCCGAAAAGUGUUAUCCAGCAAAGAUAGCGAUAGCAAGUAGCUUACCUUGUAUUAAAAACUUUACCUUAGAGACUGUUCUCUACAUGCUGCUUAGAAUAUUUUGUAGGUGGAAAGUUUCAGGAUAUAGAGCCAGGAUAUAUCCAUUUUAUACACCAUAUGUCUUUAAAAUCGUUUUUAUAUUGUAUUAAUGAAAUGCACUCCCAUAAAAAGCACAGAUUUGAACUGGCAGCUUGGGCAGAACAGCUGUCAAUUGAGCUGAAACAAUGCACUAUGCCAACUUCUGAUGUGCACAUUAUUACAUGAAUACAAAGACUUCAUCCCGAACAAGAUGGGCAGGUUAUAGUUGUCAAGCAAAUAUGCAAAUCAAGACAAUAGCCCUUCGUGUUGUGGCUUGUCUUUGAAUUUGCAGAGUUAUUGUUCCUUUGCAGCUGCGGUAUUUGCAUAAUCAACUCUUAGUCCGAACCAUUGUAUACUUCCCCUCAAUUUGCUGCAGUGUUUUCAAUGCAGUUGGCGUUGUGCCCUAAACAGCGUUCUCCCUUUUUUCCUUAGUGUGCAUCAGCUGCAUGCAGGGUUACAUACGAAUCAUUGUGCUACAGGACAUGCGUUUCAUUUUUUACAGCUUCACUACUGCCUUAAGGUCACAAAUCAUUGGUCUCUGUUUACAUUUCUCCAACAUGUCUAUGCAUUAUUGUUUUUACUUUGCCAUAAAGAACAGUAAACACUGACAGAUUUUAUAAACCAUGAACUUGAGUCUUUAUUUGUUGCUGUGCAGAUGAAGAUUUUUUUAUAAUCAGCAACUAAAAAAAUGAAUAAUAUUUUAAAUGCGAUAUUAGAAAACAAAUAACAGAAUCAGAAUCCACAAUGAAAACAAAUUCUGGGAACAAAAACAAUUUUUUAAUACACACAACUAAAUUAGAUGAGAAAGAAUCAGAAAACAUGAAAAUUGGUUUGUGAUUGAGGCAUGAAACAUUACAAAAUAGUUUUUAAGUUAUUUUUUACAUUUUUUUAUUUUAUCAGUGAUAAACCUUUGCUAUCAACUAAAAUGUGCCCUUAAACCUCUUUUGAAUAAAGAAAUCGAGCUUG